AUGCUACUAGGUCGUCUACUAACCCUCCUACUCGUCUCAAGCCAAUGCGUUUCGGACAUUCACAAUAGCACGUUUUCGAAGUACAGGUGCGAAUUCACGUCAAUGUGUUGUACCCGUGACUUCGUGAACAUCCCAGUUGCGAUUACUCCGAAACUAACCUCACAAGCCUCUGUGCCGGACCGCUGCUUUCCUUUCGAAGCGUUGAUAUACCGCUUUGAUAACAGCACUGCCCAGCAAUGCAAAUCCAUGAUGACCGAUGCCACGACUCCUUUCAUGAACAAGUCGGAAUGUGCGGAUGAAUCGCCACUGAACACUACGAAGGCCAAAGUUGGACCUAAUACUGACGAGGUGUAUCUGAAGGACAGCUCCCGUGAAGAGUUCCGCAAAAUGAGGAGGUUCCACUUUGGAAGGUGUGUUGUAAAAAGAUUUCAAGUAAGGGUAAGACAGGAUGAGCUGGUUAGAGGAUGCCAUCCAGAAGUUAACAUCCAUUGGCAAAUGCUCCAGAAAAGCGUUGGUGAAUGGGGAGGACCGAGAGACAUUCGGUUAACUGAUAAUGCUCAGUUUAUGGAUCGGCCAUUUCUGUAA